GCUGACAGAGAUAACCGGUGGUGUGUUCAAUCACGCCGAGUGCGGGAGGAUAAACCAAGACUUGAAAAACUCUAAGCUUUGUAAGGAACUUGCAUGGUGCACAAGUGGAUCAAACUAUGACCAAGACCAAGUGGAUCGCUACGCAGCUACACCUUCCUAUGAAAUUCACCGGAUGUCUGAUUGCUUCAACCCCGUCGUAGAUUCCGAGCAGGUCGGUGAGAAGUGUGUGUUAGAGCUGAUGCAAGAUGUUAUAGAAGAGUCCGACAAAAGGGCAGGAAUAUGCUGUGAAGAUGGGGAAAGCAGUCAGUCCUCGGCUUGUGUUCUGUCAGAGGAGCACUUCGUUACUCAUCCCGACUACAGUGUUGGUUAUUUAUGGCAUGACGCGAUAUCGGAAGAUUUAAACGGCGGCAGCCAGUACCACUCCAACCCCGAAAACCUUCAUGUGAUGGACGUCGGCGCCGGGCAAUAUGCUCUUCACGUGCUGGUUCCAGAAAAUGGCAGCAUCUGGGGAUGGCCCGAAAUGUGCGGCGACUCCGAAUCAACCAAGGUUUCCGAGUUGAACCCCAAUGCUAAAGUAUGGGGGAAUCACAUGUUGCACGUGGAAGCGAGCGCCGCUGCUGACGGGACGGUGGGCCAGUCUUGGGAGGAACUGCCUGACGAGCCCCCCGAUUCUGCAAAAGAAGGAUUGGAUACCAUCGGAGAAGGUGGCAAAAAAGGCCAGAAUGCAGUAUUAACAGCCUUGCCAGAUCCAUCUCAAUCCAUACCUCUGUCAGACCAAACCGACAUGAACACUAUAUCUCUGGGAAACCCUGAAUAUGAAUCUAUGCAUGAAACCCCCCAUUCAGAUUCAGGCGCAAACAAUUCAUCGCAGCCGGAUAGUCAAGAAGAUCUUCGGGAUUUGCUUAAAAAAACACUGGAAUUCUGCUUAUCUCGAGAGAAUCUGGCCAGCGACAUGUACCUUAUCUCACAAAUGGACAGCGAUCAGUAUGUGCCAAUUAUGACUGUAGCAAACCUGGAUCAUGUAAAGAAACUCAGCACAGAUAUGGACUUAAUAGUUGAAGUAUUGCGAUCGUUGCCUUUGGUCCAAGUUGAUGAGAAAGGAGAGAAGGUGAGACCGAACCAGAAUCGGUGCAUUGUGAUUUUACGGGAAGUUCCAGAGUCUACACCUAUCGAGGAGGUGGAAGCCCUCUUCAAGGGAGAGAAUUUGCCGAAGUUUAUUAAUUGUGAAUUUGCCUAUAAUGACAACUGGUUUAUUACGUUUGAAUCAGAAGCAGACGCACAACAGGCUUACAAGUACCUCCGAGAAGAAGUAAAAACAUUUCAAGGGAAGCCUAUAAAAGCUCGGAUAAAGGCAAAGGCUAUCGCCAUCAAUACGUUUUUGCCAAAGAAUGGUUAUAGACCUGUGGAUAUGAACCUGUAUACCCAGCAACGCUACACGACGUCGUUCUACAUCCCUCCCGUGUACAGCCCGCAGCAGCAGUUUCCACUCUACAGUUUAAUCACGCCACAGACAUGGUCUACCGCACACAGCUACCUGGACCCGUCAUUGGUGACACCGUUCCCCAAUACUGGAUUCAUAAAUGGGUUUUCAUCUCCUACGUUCAAGCCAACAGCAUCACCUUUAACGUCACUCCGACCGUACACACCUAGGAAUAGGAAUCCUGGCAAGUCACAUCUGAGGCAUACAGUGCCAAGUACAGAUAGAGGGCCAGCGUUGCUUGAUGGGCCAACUAUCUUCAACUUUACUACUACUGACAGACUAAUAAACGGUGUGCGAGGGCCACCGACGCGGCAGCCCGGGCAAACCAGGGCACGAAUGCAGAACACGUCGCCUUUUGUAAAAAGAGAUGUUGGCACUGGCCGAGUAGAACCCACAAAUAUUGAAACUUCGCCUGGUCUCGGCAGAGGGCGGAAAAAUUCUUACGGUUACAGAAAAAAAAGAGAAGAUAAGUUCUCGAGAGGACAGACGCAGUCCCCUCCUCCUAUAAAGCCUCCAUCUCCUAGCUUUGAACUGGGGUUGUCCAGUUUCCCUCCGUUACCUGGUGCUGCUGGUAACUUAAAGCCGGAGGACUUCUUUGAAACCAGGCUAGCAAGCAUGGUAAUAAGCACAUCGAAAGACAAGAAUGUCAACGUGGAUGCGAGUACAAACACCGUCCCAUCUGGAAUCCCGCAGGAGCCAUUACUGCCUGUCCCUGCUGCCCUGCCAGUAACGUUCCUGAAUCACCCCUCACCGGCGCGCUCCCCCGACGAGUCCAACAUGGUGGAUUUUCCGCAGAGGGAGUCUCCGACUAUAGAACGGAUCUCCGCUACCCUGAGCACCGCUAGCAAAUCCGUACAGGUUAACGGAGCCGCUACAGAAUUACGAAAACCCAGUUAUGCCGAAAUCUGCCAGAGAAGUAAGGAGGGCCUGGCUUUGCAGCCUUCAAAAGAACCGAAGCAAAGCUUGAAUUCGUGCGGGAAAGAAGAAAGGAAACUCGCGGACGCUCCGGAGAAAUCCAGAGAGAACGUGCCGGCAAAGUCUAACCCCGGGCGACCCAAAGACCAGAGGAGACAGUCCGGCCGCAGGUCUCCCCCUCCUCCUCUGGCCAUUGGAAAACGUGUGAAUAAAGAACCCGGCAGCCCCCUGAAAUCCCCUCAGUAAGCAAACGGCCAAAAACGAGACCCACGUAUCGCACAUUAACCACCAUUCCCCACUCGCGCUCAAUGAAUGAGGUGCUGGAUAAUGCCAGGUAGACUCGGCCAUCAAAAAUUGUCCCCAGUUUUGUUAAUUUCCCUACAAAUAUUGCCUUGUCGACCUGAAUUGUUUCAGGUUAGUAAGUCAUUCAUGCCAAUUUUUUCUCCCUAGAUUUCAUUUCGGUUGUGAAAGCGUCACGAUGCCGUUUCUUUGCUUUUACUCAACUAAACCAUUCUUCAUAUCAAACCGGCUUUUGGUUACUUAGUUUCUGCUAGAACUUAAGUUGAAUGAGUAUGCCUCCUGAUGUGUACUAAAUAUUACCAGAA